AUGACAAAGGAAGAUUACUUCAAGGUUAUGCCCCUAUGGUGCGAGAAUAAGGAAGACGCAUUUGAGGCCUUGGUAGCGAGGUGGGUUGGCGAAGACGCCGACUUCAACGCCAAGAGCGCGCGCAACAAGGAGGCGGAACUCGGGGAGCCUCUCACCGAGGUGGGAGGGUGGCAGAAGAUGAAGCUGAAGCAGCCCGAUCUGAGCCAGCCUCAGCCCUCGCUGCCCGAGUACUACGGCUUUGCCGAAGAGGAGUUGGACAAGUACUGCUCGGUGUUCAAGGGUCUUCAUCCGGAGGUGGAUGAUCCUAUUGAGCAGGAGACCGACUUGACGAUCGGGUCUACCCUCACCGCCGGCGACCCACCGGUCGCGCCUCCUCGACACCGUCGUACGGAUGCUCACUUUGAGGCCGCCUACGCGGCCGCUUAUGAGAACUAUUUGACGGUUGUAGCAGAGUGGGACCUCAAGAGAGCGGCUUGGGAAGAGUACCAGGAGGCGACGAGUCGUGCGGUCAGGACGUUCUUCCAGACUGGAGAGAGGAUCGCACUUCCGGAAGAGGAACCACCUAGGCCGGGGCCGACUCCAGUGUGCCCAUCGAGGGAAGCUUUCGCGGCCACAUACUACGCACGGACUCCGGGCACGGGAAGUUCGCGGAACCGACCCUCUCCUGGUUCGUCGCGCGAGGGCACACCGAUGCACCCCGGCCGCCAUUCUCCCGGUGCUUCAGGGUUUUCACCUGCUGGCGAUGGUUCAGGCCAUGGUUCUACUUCGGUCUACCUCGCCUAG